AUGGGUUGUAUUCAGUGUUGCAAAACAAAAGAAUCAGACGAUACAACAAAUAAAUCUGAUCAAAAUGGUUUGAGAAGUUUAUUUUAUGCAACAACUGAAUUUGAUCUAUCAAGAUCCGAUAGUGAAGAUGAUGAUGAAGAAAAUUUUUCUCUUAAUUCAAUAAAAAGUAAAAGAAGACAAUCAGCAAAUAAAAUUGUUUUACCUUCAAAUGAAUCAAAUCCUACAGAUCAACCUUCGCCAAUAAUGGAUAAUAAUGGUUUGAUUAACUGA